GCGCGCAGGAGGGCGGGCCUUUGCAGCCACAUGAACUAGUUUGAUUCUGCGUCCAUGAGGAUCAGGAAGUAUUUUACAAGAGUUAUGGAUCCAAAUCUUCUUCCGAAAACAUUCUUUAUUCAGCAAAAAUAUGUCUGAAGAGAAAAGCAACAUUUGAUGGUGGAUUUGUGUUUUAUGUGCUAAUGAUGCGUUGAUAGUAGCUGGUUGGUGGAAACGUAAGGAGUCUGUUGUCCCCACGCGCACAGCAGGCGAAAAUCGCCACGAGCUACAUUCUUGUGAGGAUUUUAGAUUGCUGCUUGACUGGUUUGAUGAAGCUAACUGAGACACGCCGGUGCUCCAGACCGAGCUCAGAGGAUGGACCAGCACGCAGAGCACACGCUGUGUGGGAAGGUGAGCACUGCUUGUGGAUUCAGCAGCUUUAACUUAAAGAACAUCUUCACACGCCGUUUGCUGAAAACCAUCGCCUUGGGUCAACUCCUGUCUCUGCUGAUCUGCGGGACAGCAGUGACCUGUCAGUUACUGGCUGACUCUAAGGUGGAGACGCCCAUGUUUCAGAGUUUUCUCAACUACACCCUACUGCUGCUCACCUAUACGACAUUCCUGUGCACCCGUAAAGGCGAUGGCAACAUCCUACAGAUCCUGAGAACUAAAUGGUGGAAGUAUUUGGUGAUGGGUCUGGCCGACGUGGAGGCCAACUAUGCGGUUGUGAAGGCUUACCAGUUUACCACCCUGACAAGCAUACAGCUGCUGGACUGCUUUGUCAUCCCGGUGCUGAUGGCACUGUCCUGGUUCUUUAUGAAGACGCGCUACAAGCUGGUUCACUUCGUAGCAGUGAUGGUGUGCUUGUUAGGGGUGGGGGCAAUGGUGGGAGCUGACUUUUUGGCUGGAAGAGUUCAGGGAUCCACCAGUGACGUGCGUGGCGACGUGUUGCUUGGAGACGGCCUGGUGCUGCUCAGUGCCAUCCUGUAUGCUGUAUCUAAUAUAUGCCAGGAACACACGGUGAAGAACGGCAGCCUAGUGGAGUUUCUGGGCAUGAUGGGCCUCUUCGGGUCUCUCAUCAGUGGUGUGCAGCUUGCCGUUCUUGAAACUCAUGCAGUCAGUUCAAUAAAGUGGGACCGUUUCAUCAUCUUGCUGUUUGGACUCUACAUCUCGAUGAUGUACGCACUCUACAGCUUCAUGCCCGUGGUGGUGAGGCUGACGAGCGCCACUGCCGUCAACCUCUCUCUGCUCACCGCCGACCUCUUCAGCCUUUUCUGUGGCCUCUUCCUCUUCCACUACAAGUUUUCAGUCCUCUACCUCAUCUCGUUUGCUGUCAUCACUGUGGGUUUUAUCAUGUUCAACGUCGUCCCAACUUCCUCGGCGCCACCCAACAACUCAGCCGAGGAGUUCGCCAACCGCGCGGCCGGGAGCUCCUCCAACCCCCUGAUGGAUGCAGACGAAGAAGCUGAAACCUUCAUUGCUGUCGAUAACUGCAACUGAACAGGAACUGGGUUGAUUUUGUUACCUGAUUAGCUUUGAAAGGUGAGUUUGUGCUUUAGUUCUGUUACAGACGUUCCCUCGAAACAAACCACGCACUUAGAAACCUAACAGCAACCGUGUCGGCUCCUGCGAUCGUUACAUCACCCGUACGAUUUAACAGAAGUCAGGAGUUACUGUUAUUCGACUUCUCUUACAAAAAACAAAACAAUUUCAGAAGUGUUGAGUUGAGCUGUUUACCUUUUCUUUCCUAAAAGGAGGAAAUGAGCUUUUUACUGUUUUUCACUACUGGGUCAAAAUGAAAUGGUGUGUUGAGUCUCUGCUGUUCUGUGUUCUCAAUUAAAAGUCUAGUGUUCCUUAAUUGAAGUGGUAUCUCUAACAGCCUUUCACGCAAGGAUUUCAAGCCCUGGUCUUUUAUGUUGACAGCUGUAGUUGUUUUAACCAAAUGUCAAAAUAACGAUGUCCUGAGAUCCCGUGUGGUCUAUUAUGUCGGAGCGCUCUGCACAUCGUCCGACUGAGAGCAGGUGCUGCACACCUGAGGAACGUCGAGCAGUGUGUAGAAGGAAAGAGGUGGCGCUCACUGGUCAGUGUAAUAGAUGCAGGUGUCUCCAGCUCCUUCGUUCUUCACACAGAGGAGGUGUUGACCCUGAGUUUUAGCUCAGCAUCUGUGAAAGUCACCGAGUUUCUUCCAUUUCGUUGGUUUUCCUAGAAGGCCCGGUUCACCCAAAAAGACAUUUGACCCCAGUCUUCCGUUCUGACAAGUUUAAAGAGCAAGUCAACCCCUACCAGUUUUUAACUCCACUCUCAAUUGAAAAUGCAACAAAUGCUGUUGCCUGGCAGACCGAGAGGGCGGAGCUGCUAACAAAUACACACACACAGGCUCACAACAACAUUGUGACAUCAUAAUGUACCAGUUUACAUCAUAGCAUACCUCUUAGCCAAUAGCGGUGGCAGAUUUAAAUUAAAAUACAGUGCAGAGUUUUUACCUGACAACGGCACAACACUGCCAGUUUUAGGCAGAAUAUUAAAAUUUUAACUAAGAUGCACUGAAGUGCCAAAUUAUUGACGACACGUGUCUGCAGCACGAUUAGACACUCGUUUUUUUAGUUUAUCAGCAAAAAAAGUGUAUUUGGGGGUGACUUGCUCUUUAAGAUGGCCAUGAGAUAAUCUCAUCAGAUAAUCCUGCCAUGUGUGGUGUGUUAAGAGCACUCUGGUCUGCUCUGAAGUGCAGGUAGACUGAUAUGGAUUUUCGAAAUGCCAAUCCCAGCGCUUAUAGGUUUUGGUCCUGGCCAACGUUUUCCACUUCACUUUCAGCACACGCACAACAUUUUUGAAGCCAAAUCAGUUUUUGAUCUCUGAAUUGAACCACCUGUGUGACUUUAUUUUUAUAUUGUAAAAUGAUUUGAUUUCAUCUCGUGUUUGGAAAAUCGUUCAACAAUUAAAAAACCCAGUCGUGUGAACCGGGCCUCAGGUGUGCUCAUCUUGAAUGAGUCGACUCCAAACACCAAUCAGUCGCAGAUGUUUUUCUAACCGUUCUAAGUUUGUGCAGGGACACACGUGACUAAUGCCUGAGUCGUGCUUCUCCGUCUGCAUCAGUGCGGAGGCACACAACGCCAUUAUCCAUCCUUGCGGGCCUACUGGAGAGCCCCCGCAAGGAUGGACGGAGCUCUCUUUUCCAAACAUCCGUCCGUCGAGACGGAGAACGCAAGCUUGUGAUUGGUCAGGGCACCGCUAUCGUCUACAUCGCCGACAUUGCGCCCUCAAAAACAUAAAGAGAGCCGAGGACAUUUUUAGCGGCCGGCAGACACGGAGAAGCUUGAAGAAUACCUUGCAAAAAAACUCUAAAAACAUGAACGUUUAAUUCCCCGUGACUGGAGGAGUGAACCAAGCGUUUUAUUUGUGGGCGGAAAUGACAGGAAACGUGGGUUUUGAGGUGGCGAGCGCAUGAAGCGGUGGAGGAGGAUGAGAGACAAAUUUGUCCGUGUUAAAAGUCUCUUAUAUACAAAAAACUAUAUAAACACACUAUCUUAGACCGAUACAUGGCAGGAUACCACAGAACAGCGCUACGCCCUCUGCUGUCCUGGCGGGGAACUGCUUUGCAACACUCCCCCAGGAGACGGAGAAGUCUGAGGGCAAAACGUCUCCGUCCGCGCGUGUCUCUCGCUGUUGGAGCUGACGGAGAAGCAUGACUCAGGCUUUACCCUGCAAAUAAACAAACACAGCCAGACGUUAUUGUCUCAACUUCUGGAAGUUGGAGAUAAACAUAAAAAUAUAAAUUUCUAGAAGUAGAGUUAAUUACAUCACUUUUUCACUCUUUCAUGUUUUCAUAAACCAUGACUUGUUUGUUUUGUAGUUGGGAAAACUAGUGGGGACACACACACACACCACACACACACACACACCACACACACACACACACACACACACACACACACACACACACACACACACACACACACACACACACACCUUUUUCAGGAGCCUGAGUCCAUGUCAUAUGUUUACAUUGACACAACAGUGAAACAGCAUUUUACAUGGCAGCUGAAGGUUGUUCUUUGGGCAUCGUCUGAACCAAGUCUGCAUAAACCAACCUUUAGGAGCAUGUAGCGUUUACCAAAUGUUGCACAAACGUCGUAGAGGCCGGGUCGGCCCUAAAGCAUAUGCUGCUUUUUCUACAACAACAAACAAAGACUCAUCUGGACUUAGCAGAACCAGGUUUUCUUUUUUUCUGGAAAUGUGUUCCAUGUAUUAUUUUUUAAACUAUUAUUAUUAUUAUUCCUGGUUACACAUGAUGUCUGGAACAAAUGGAAAUUAUCUCAUCAAAUUUUUAAUAUAAAUAUUUAUAUUUUGCCCCAAAAAUGAAAUUCAAAUUCUGGGAAUUUGAAUCUGGAAUAUCAUGGAGCCCUAAAUAUGAUGCUGUAUAAUUGUUGAUAUAAUUUUUACCAAUAAAGAUUUUUCUACUC